AAACAGGUCAUACAUAACUGCUCCCUAGGCGAGAGUUGUCCCGCAAUUGCGCGGCUGUCCGGCCUAAGUCGAGAACACCCGGAGACCAUGCCGUCAGGUUAUGGGGAAGUGAGCAUGGGUGAACGGCCCGAGUGCUAUGUGGGCAACAUCUUGAGACCGGGAUGAAGCACUUCAGAGCGCUGCUGUGGUGCGCUUAUGGUGCAAGCUUGAUGACGUCUUCCCACAGUCGAUAUCGUGGCCCCUCUACCACGGCAACCGCUUCCUCUCGCUUCUCCUUGGCCUGCUCUAUGGCAUCAACGACGCGACCAACGCCGGAAAUGGAGUUACCAGCUCGUCAUCGCCGACUAUUCCUCUCUCGGAUAGCGCCUCGACGCAUUCCCGAGAUUGCUCAUCCUCGUGAACUCCAGGGAGAUCAACAAAAUGGCGCACUGGCCAGGGAGAAUCGGGAGCCCAGCGGCGCCAUCGCAGUAGUCGCGGAGAAGGACGGGUAGCACGUGCUCUUCAAGCUCUGUCCUCUUGGCCGGCAAACU